AUGCCUGCUGCCCGCCGCUGCCUCUCCCUGCUGCUCCUGUCUGCCUGUGCGGCUCUGUUGCUGCGGCCGCGGCUUGGGGCCCGCGCAGCCCCGCUGGAGCCAGUGUACCCCGGGGACAAUGCCACACCAGAGCAGAUGGCCCAGUACGCAGCUGAGCUCCGCAGAUACAUCAACAUGCUGACCAGGCCCAGGUAUGGGAAAAGAGACAGAGAAGAAACCCUGGACAUCCUGGAGUGGGGCCCCCCCCAUGCUGCUGGCCCCAGGGACCUCAGCCCGAUGGACUUGUGAUGCCACCUCCUGCCUUCUUUGACUCCAAGAGCAAUGCUGGCCCAUCUCCCCUCUUGGCACCCCUGGCAAUGGCCAAAGCUUGCUCCCUGCCCCCACACAGACUAAAUAAAGCAAAUCAAAGU